AUGAGUCGUUUAGCCGGUUGGUUCCGCUCUAGCGGGAAAACUGAAAAUGGUUCCAACUCGAGCCUUACCGCCACGGACAGCAUCGCGAAGGAGAAGGAGAACUUGGUGGAGGCAAUGGAUUGGAUCGAGCUCAUCAUGAACGAUGACAUUGACGGCGCCUGGGAAAAGCUGCAGACGGGCGACUCUUCCUUCCACGAAAUGGGCUCUGCGGUAGCCUUCUUCAUGCGAUCCGUGCUGGGCUUUGAGAAGCAGAUUAUGACUGAAGCCACGGCAAGACUGAAUGACUGUGAAACCAGAGCGUGGUCAGAUCUCAAACGGGCGCAGAAGCACGGUGCGGCUUACAACAGCAGUAAGCUCUACCCGCCGGGGACCGAGUACGAGUUGAUCAUUGCCGAGACGCAGCUGAUGGGCGCCGUUGUGGGCGUGCUGCACGAGAGUCUGGUCGAGGCCAUGAAGAGCUUCUACAAGCUGCGAAAGGCGUUCCUGACGCUUGAUGCCAUUGUGACGUCGGAGGAAACGAUCUUUAAGAAACCUACGCCGGGCUCAUCUCGCAUGUCGCUCAUAGGGAGCAGCUCACCUGGCGACGGGUCUGAGACGGAAUCUAAUGGAAACACGGCCACGCCUAGUAGCGACUCUGAGACCUUUGUAGAUGCCAGGGAAACUUUGUCCGGACUGCAGACGCCAAGCGAUCAGACCGAUGCUUCGUCGACAUCGGCGGCCUCAAAGCUGGAGAAGCUGAGCAUCAGCAAGUUGGAGGAUACGUCGAAACUGAGCCUGCGGUCCAGAGAUUCCGAUUUGAGCUCAGACGUCGAACUGGACAACCCCGUCGACAAGUUCAUUCACUCUGGAGCCAACAUGUGUUUUGGAGUCCUAUUGCUUAUCCUCAGUCUCAUCCCUCCUGCCUUUUCACGCAUCCUCUCCGUUGUUGGAUUCCACGGAGAUCGCCGACGAGCUGUCAAGAUGCUCUGGAAGUCAGCCGUGCAUUCUAACAUCAACGGCGCUGUGGCGGGUAUGAUGCUGUUGGUGUAUUACAAUGGACUUCUUGGAGCCGCGGACAUUCUGCCGGAUCGCAAGGAUUACGAUGAGGAUGCCGAGGCUGUCGGACCCCCGAUCGAAAAGUGUGAGCAGCUCUUGGCCGAUAUGCGAAGACGAUAUCCCGACUCACAGCUGUGGCGAGUGGAGGAGUCGAGAAUGCUGGCCAACGAACGAAAGAUUACGGAAGCGUUGGAAUUGCUCAAGUCGGGCAAGGAGUCGAAAAUGAAGCAGGUUGCUGCUCUCAACAACUUUGAGCUAUCGCUGGACGCCAUGAUGUCCUACGAAUGGAUGCUGAUGCGCGAUUCAUUCCUGAGGUGCUUGGAAGUCAACGACUGGAGUCCAUCACUCUACUACUACCUGGCUGGCUGUGCAUCUUUGGAGCUUUACCGAGAUGCUUUUCACAGCGGCGACAAGGACGAGGCAAGACGGCAAAAGGCCAAGACAGAGGAGUUCUUCCGCAAAGCGCCAACUGUGACUGGCAAGAAGCGACUGAUGGCACGCCAACUUCCUCUGGAGACAUUCUUACAGCGAAAGGUUCAGAAGUGGGAGGACCGAGCCAAAGCCUUGGGCGUUGACUUGGCGGAUGUUGCUGGAUCGAGCCCUGCACUAGAGAUGUGCUACGUGUGGAAUGGACAGAAGCGCAUGGGCACAGCACAACUGGAGAAGGGACUUGAUUAUCUCAAAUGGGAGAGAUGCACAGCGAGCAGAGAGGUCGUUGCUAAGAUUCAAGAAGAGAAGGAUGAGAUGGCUGUCUGGGCGGUGAGCAUGGCAUCGCUUCUUAGAGGUUUGGGCAGGCUGGACGAGGCUAGAACACUGCUGCAGGAGAAGGUCAUCGCUUACGACCGAUCCGUCUUCAAAGGCACAUCAAAAGACGACUAUGUCCUGCCAUCGGCGACUUAUGAGUUGGGCGCCAUUGCGUGGGCUGAGUGCUGCGACCCUCCAGAAGGCGAAGCUAAAGAAAUUCUGGAGUUUAGACGCAAGAAAAUGCUGGAAUGCGAAGAACAGCUCAACAAAGUCAAGGUGUGGGAAGCCUACGCCUUGGAUACGAGAAUUGGCUUGAGAGCGCAGAGCGGAUUGGAAACUCUGGCUUGGUUCAAGAAGAAGAACGGGUGGUGA